CCGGUGUAACGAAGGGAAUGAUGUAUAUAGCUAACGCUAAGCUAUUCCAGGGGUGCUUCAAGAUAUUUUAUGAAAAUAUUGAAGAAGAAAGCUUUCACAGUGGAUAAUUGGAUGAUGAGAGAUGAGCAACAAUAUGUUUGGUUUCAGAAGUGUGUCCCAAGUAAUUAUAGAUCAGCAAACAGCCUAGAAUCUAACUACUUCAUCAUGCAGACUUGCUUGGUACCUUUGUAAACAAGCUUCCAAACUUUAAGGAAAUAUGCUGUAACUGCUAAAAGAAAAAAGUAUGCAGAAACAUGCAACUGCUUCAUCUGACACUCACGAUGGCAGUAAACCUGCUUCUAGAACAAUAUAUCAGAAAAAAGGUAUGCAAGCUAAAAGUUAUUUUCGGAACAUUGCUCCAAAAAUUGGUGCAGAAUUUCAGCCAUCACCAGGAUUCCCUUAUACUUCUUCAUUGCCUGAUAUUCAGACUAGCCACCUUUUAAUAAACGGUCCUAAAUCAGUUGUAAUGCCUGCACAUAACUAUGCUUUAAUGCAAGUGCCUGGGCAGGAGACAACAUACUCACUUGUAGCUGUGCCACAAGCUUCAACCUCAUCACCAGGUCACUCUACUCAGUCAGUACAGAUGUCAAGUAUUUCUGUUCCAGAAAAUUAUAAAUUACCAAUUCCGAGGUAUCAAUCAGUAAGGAGCAAAACAAAUGCUGAUAAAAGACUUGUACAGACUGCUAUUUCAGCUAUGCCUUUGAAAGCUGUUGAACAAAUGCAAACUAAGGCAUCAGUACAGAAUGAGUGCUUACCGCCCCCUGCUGUUCAUCCAAGGGCUUCUUCUGCUGUAGAUUCAUCUGAGCAAGUAUUAUUAAUAGAUUCAAGUGCUGAAGAAUUCACAGUUGCAACACUUGUUACUGAUAGCACCUCAGUUGAAUCAGAACCUUUGUUAGCAAACAAAUGUGAAAAUGAUAAACAGGUUACUUCCACCUGUCUAUUGGGUUCAUCAAAAAAGGACAAAUUGCCUUCUCUGGUUAGACAAGAUGUUUCAGUGAAACAAAGUGCAGAUACAUUAGUAAGCAGUAAUGAGUCUGCAAUGUGCCCUGCUGUGAAAAUUAAGAAACCAGAAGAAGCAUCUGUUGUACCUGCAAAUCCUAUUACAGUGCUGUCACCAGCAAUAUUUGGAAAUACUGCUCAGCUGUUUCCAAGUGUACCUAAAGGAAAGAUACCUAUAUUACCGUAUUCAAGGGUGAAAAAGAGCAGUAAUUUAAAACCUAAACAAAAAGCUAGUGUGACUAAUAAAUCUUCUAAAUCAGGAAAAGUGGUUGGCAAAAUAACAUCUGCCUGUACUACAUUAACUUCUAUUUUAGGCACAGUUGUUGACAUGUCUUCCACUCUGGCCUUACAGCAUACUUCCAAACAGGCAACUUGCAGAUCUUUAGUAGCUUCAUCAGAAAAGUUUGCUACAGGAGUUUUAAAGAGGCAACAUUCUGCCACAAGCAAGAGGAGGGGUAGAAAAAGAAGUGGUGCAGAUCAGAUUAAGUCAUCUCAGGUCAAGAAAAUGAAAUACGGUAACAACGUGAUGAGGAAGUGUAAAGAAAAGACUCAGCUGGAAUCAAAGGAAGCCAAGGCUAAAAAUACUGAUGUUUUUAAAAAGUAUCGCAGUAUUAGACCUAAACCCCUAGUGGUUAUGCAGACUCCCCUGGCAUCUUUUACAAACCUGAUACCCUCUGACACUGGUGAAUGUAUGGAUCAGGAAUAUACCCUUAAUGCUAAAACCCUCACUUGUCAACAGUGCGGCAGCACUUCCCUGAAGCACCCUAGUCCCUACAGAAUUAUAUCCAGACAGUGGUUUAAAUGCCACAUUUGUAAUCGUGGAUUUCAGCUUAAGCAUCAUCUUAGGGACCAUAUGAAUACGCACACAAACAGCAGGCCUUACACUUGUCGAAUCUGUCGCAAGACGUAUGUUCAUUCUGGUAGCCUUAGCACUCACAUGAAGCUCCAUCAUGGUGAAAAUCACCUUAAAAAGAAAAUACACUGUGGAUUUUGCUCUAAAUGUUUUGGCCAUGUGGGAGUAUAUUUUGGUCAUCUGAAAGAAGUGCACAAAGUCAUCAUUAAUGUUGUGCCUUGUCCAACACAACAAAAGCAAGACAGUGCAUUGAAGGAAAAUGAAUAUUGCUGUUCAACAACAGAUAGUGAAGUGGGAUGCAUGGAAAAGGACAACAGUUCAGCUGUAGAACUGCCACCUCAGGAUUCACUGCAACAUGUCAGAUUACAGAUAAGAUGCUACCGCUGUAAUCUUAUCACUCCAACCAUUGCUGAUAUGAAGCUUCAUCUGCUCCAAGUUCACAAAGAUAAGGUGAAGCUGAGGCUGAAGGAGGGGGUUCUGCAUGGUAACACUGAAGCUGAGGAAGAACUAAUCAAGCAUGCAGCACACCACUGGAUGCAACUAAAUGAGACAAUAAAUCAGGCCCGAUGUAGAAGCGGCAAGGACAAAGAUAAUGCAUUCUCAAAACAGAAGCCACAUUGCUGUUUUUACCAGGACACUCUAAGUGAUAGUGUGGGAGUUAAAUUAUUUUGUCUAAACACAAGAACAGUAUCCCAGAAAAUAAUUUCUGACGGAGAAAGAAAAGAAAUAAAUUUAUGGACUACAGCUGGCAUUAACUGUAUUUUGUGUAAACAGAUUUUUGAACGAAAAGAAGAAGUAAUGCUCCAUUGGCAGAAUUACCACAGUUGUGAAAAUCCUGCUGUACUGUGGCAUAUUUUUAAUUCAUUUUCUGAACAUGAAGUGAUAGAAGAGUCUGUGAGAAGUACAGAAAAUGAAACAACUUCUGAAAACUGACUUUUCUGAGGUUAAUAUAUUUGUACAGUACUGUAAAGCUGCUAUAAAUGCAGAUGAUCCUGACAAGAACAAUGCAGCCCGAUGCACUUUGGUUUAGAGCUCAAUUAAAAGAAAAACGCACCUAUGUUUUUUCAUCAUGUCUUGACGUUUCCUAAUUUUAAUACCACUUUUGGACUCUAUAUAAUUUUUUUUUAUAUUUUUAAAUAUAAUUCCAAAAUCUCCCCACAUAUGGGGUACAGCAUCAUAAUUUUUUAGUUUACUUCUUGGUAGCCCAGAGUGCUAUGUUUGGCUUUAAAAUAUUACAUCAUAGCCCUAAGCUGCUGUCAGUGCAUUGACUUUACAUGAUUUUUCACAUAUACCCUGCUUUCUUUUAGGUUCAUAGGUAGGUACUAAGCUAUCUGACCGAAGGCAUUUAUAAGCCUAG